AUGUUCUGUACUUUUAUUCUGGCAUUUUCGACUUUCGUAGGUAUCUUAUCAAAGUCGUCGAGAGAGUUUGUUCCUACAGUUGUAGUUAAACAAGAGGAAGAAAGAAAAAAGAAAAAGACAUCGACCACCUCCUUUUUGGAAGAUCAGGGUGUUAAUCAAGCUCUAGAGAAGUCUUCCAGCAAAAGUACAAAGGAUGACAAGUCAUUCCAUAAACAAAGCGGAAAAACAUCUGUGUCUAGUCAAAAAUUGGAUACAAGUCGAGCCAAAAGUGUAGAGAAGUCUGUGAAAAGUACAAGCCAUGAGAUUAAGUCAGAUAUUGGAUCGAAUCAUAAUGUUGCUCAGCAGUCCGUGUCAAGGAAAAUACAAUCUAAUGACAGUCAAACAGGAAAUGUAAAUAAAGAAGCAAUUGUCGUAGAGACUUCCAGUGGUAGGUCGACAGAUUCUCGUAUUGAAUCAAAAGUAGACGAUGCGUCAUCUAGAACUCUGAAAAGGCCUUUGGAUACAAUAAAUAAUUAUCGUGACAGCAACUUGGAAAAGAAACAAACUGAAGCGAAACGAUCAAAGAUCGAGGAUGGCGAGGAAAGUACAACGGAAGAUAACGCGAGAAAGUUAAAAUCUUGCGUCAACAAACCAAAAAUUACUUCCGUUGUCUCCGUGAAGAGUCGGCUUGGCGUGGUGUCACCUAGGAAGAAAUUUGAAGUUCACAGAGAGAAGGCAGACAAUGAAAGUCGAUAUCGACAGAACGAGAAGCGCGUAGAGAAGCAUAGAUUCGAGGGUGUUCGUAAUAAUAAUAACUUUCAAAGGGGAAGGAUUUUCGAGGCAGACGAACGUACAAAGAGGAAUCGCGAAACUGAAUCGAAAUACAAUGACUUGGAUAAGAUUAGCAGUGACAUAAAGACACGAUUGGGCAACUCUAAAGUUGAAAAGCCACAGAAGAACAUAGAGUUAAGGGACAAGGUGAAUUCAACUGUAAAGCCGAAAUCAAUUGGGAAAACAGUGGGCACGAUUAAAGAUCGUUUAGGAAUCGCACGUAUCGAUAGGGCGCAGAAACAGUUAGGGAACAGAGAGCUAGUGGAAUUCAAGAGUAAACCGUUGGAGCAGGAUCGCGACACGCGUUCUCAGAGUAGCGAGGACGAGGAUUAUCUGAAUCUGGGCGCGGAAGAGGAAUUGGACGAUGACGAGCAGUCUGCCGGAAAUUCUGGUCCCAUCAAAUCUCACAUAAUAGCCGUGAAUAAAGUUCUGCCAGAGAAACUUGAAACGAAACGAUUGAAGUCGUUAGAGAAAACCAGCAAGGAGUGUAGCGACGCGGAAGACGUGGAAGACACUAAAAUACCCAGCAAAGUAAUCGUGACACCGAGGCCGUUGAAACCACUGCAACCGACACAGAAACGCGCCACGCAGUCUCUGCUGUUGCGAGCCGUCGCAGAGGCCAACCAGUCUGUUGUUACUCAAAAGAAUCCAGAACCGUCUUUAUUGGACAAAAAGCAAACGUUGAAACGUCUCAGGCUUGCAGCUGUACGAGAUGUGGGGCAAAAUUUGUCGGUUCAUCUGAAUUCUAAUAAGAGAUUGGUCAUGGAAAAGAUCCAAGUAGAAUUAAACACAGAUGUUUCUGAAACAAAAUCAAAACCUUAUGUACAACAGUCUGUCACCGAGGAGCAUAUGGGUGUGGUAAUGUCAUUGUUUCAACGAAGCGACGACAACCAGAAAUUUUUAGUCACUUUGAACGGAUACAAUAACAACCUUAUCAAGGAGAAAGCCACGUCCGACGACGACGAACGCUUGGAAAUGGAGGUAAAUGAAGACGAUGAACUUGUGCUUUUAACAACACAAAAUGAUGUAUAUACCCAGAAUGAGUCAGAAACGUCUGUUUUUCAAGUAACCGAAGUGGAUGGUGAGAUGGAUGCGAAUGGAAAAGAAAGAGCGGAAGAGAAUAAUGAAAAUUGUAACACCGAGAAUGUCGAGAAGACUGAAGAGGUACCGAGGAAAAGGAGAAAAUUAAGUCCCAUAGUGUAUAAUAGAUCUCAUUCGCCCAGUCCUGCAGAUUUGAAGUCCAGCACGUUGACAAAUCCAUUGUUAAACAAACAUUCAGAGAAAAAAUCGCUAACAGAGAACGCAGUGACGGUAAUAGACAAAUCGAAGGAGAAGUGCAGAUACUGGCCGAACUGUACGUUGGGCAACAAAUGCGCGUACCUUCAUCCCGUUGUAAUGUGCAGCGUCUUCCCCGCUUGUAAAUUUGGAGACAAGUGCGCUUACAGACAUCCUAAAUGUAAAUUCGGGCUGGCCUGCACGAAACUGGGAUGCGUGUUCUCCCAUCCCGCUCAGCAGUGCAAGUAUCAUCCGUUCUGCACCAAGCCGGCUUGCCCGUACUCGCACCCGGCCCCGGCCACCGUCGAGGCGUCCACUCAGAGGGCGAAGUUCACGUGGCGCAGGCGAGACUGAACGGGCCGAGUAUUGUACAGAUGUACAAAUUCUUUCGUCUCCUAGCCGAACGGCGAACGGCUCGUUCGCGGACAGGGUUACCAUCGCGGGAUCACGCGUCGGGAUCGGACGCGAGCGUGUAGCGACCGCUGCAACGAUGCGGACUGAUUCCGAGACGGACGGAGCCGGUGUUACUGCCAGUCGCAUUCCGAAGACGUCUUACCGCGCGUUCUGUAUUAUACCGUUUCGCGAGUAACUCUAAGUAAACAAGCACAGCCUUCACAGUCUCGAGCAGCAGGGUAACAAUAGUUAUUUUCUUUCUUUCUAUCGCCCUGUAGCUGUUAACAAUUGUACGCGAUGGUAUUUCUGCUCGUGCAAAUUGUACAGACCAAAUAACUCCGGAAUAUAUCUUGAAUCAUAAACUUGAGAAGAAAUCUCGACAUUCGGUACUCUCUUAAUCUGUAUUAUACGUACACAUACAUACAUACAAACACAUGCAUACGUAAACAAGCACAUACACUUACACGUACACGCAUCGUACAUUCAUACGAGUAUAUCGGUAUACAUGAGUAUCAUGUAAUAUUGACAUACGUUUUGCAUUUGUCAAGUAACGAUCAACAUUCGCUCGAUCUUUCAUCCUUUGCGAAUCCAGUCGAAUGGAUUUCUGGUGAAUCGCGUUCGUUUCGUUCGGUAUCGCUUUGUCUCACGACAGAAUAUUAAUGUACCUUUGCGAAUCGACACACCUUCUCGAUUUAUACGUCCGGCCAUCUUCGCGGCAGUUCAUUCUUUUCUAUCGUUGCCUCAGACACGUUCCAUUUCAAGAGUUCUCACUUUGCGUAUUCAGAUUGAUUACGAGCUCUAUUUAUUACUCGAUGGCUGUGUAAUAAUCGUGAUGAUUCCAUUUUUGAUCGAAAAGGUGUCCGAAGAAGAGUCAUUAGGGGCAUAUUUAUCGUACACGAAUGCAGAAACGAAGGAAACAGGGGCAUUCAACGUUUUACGAUCGAUCGGUACGUUCCGUCGUGCGUUGCAAAAAUAUGUCAUUUCUGCCAGAGUAUCUUUAUUUAUGUAAACGUAGAACGUAACAGUGCGUUGAUCAUGCGACCAUUCGAUCGACCCCGGGUGUAUUUAAUUUAGCAUGAAAGUCGAUUCGUGCCGAUUUCUCAAUUCUUCCAGUUGGUUCUUCGUCACGAUGUGCAUGCACUCUCGACGUUCUGUCAGUAUUUUACCUAUGUAAUGGCCACAGAUAUUUUUAACCCUUUGCGGUCCGAAGUGCCCUUGGUUUCUCACUUUGAGAUUCAUGUUAGUUUAUUCAAUUACAGCUUGAUAUGACGCUCUAUUUAUUUAUUCCAGAAUAUUUGGGAGUCAUUGAAAUGUUAUCUUUAACACUAGAACUACCAGAUGGGUCAAAGUGACCCAUUCCUGAUGACUUUUUAUACAAUUACCGAGAAGGUACAGAUGUUUCUCUGAGAAAUCGUUAAAGGAGCUGAUUUAAUAGUCCCCACACUGAAAUAUAAACCAAUUGAAAUCUUAACCCUUUGCACUCGACAAUAUUUCUCAUGAAAAAUAUUCGUUACUUUCCGACUAAAUAUUAACGAUACUUUUCGCGACUAACACAAUUGAUUAUCUUGUUGUUUUGCGUUGAUACGUUACACAAGGUUUAAUAUCGAAUUGAAAAUUUGAAAGUUUGCUGCGUUGAAUCAGGUGGCGAUUGUAAGGCGCCCCUCGAGUGCGAAGGGUUAAUAAAUACACAGUUAUAAGUUUUAGAAAGAAAUUUGAAAAAGUCAGUUCGAGUGCCUGGUAGUUCUAGCGUGAAAUGGUACAACUGUGAUACUACAGAUAAAUGUAGAAAAAAUUGUCAAAACAGGUAGAGGUCGCAAUAAAACGACAUGGGACUGCUAAGGGUUAAUGAAAGGCAACUGGUCAGAGCUGGGUAGGAUUAGCCGGGAGAUUAAGAGACGUGGUGCUUUUAUAAUCCCCAUACGGCGACCCUCCGCUCGACCAACAACAACUGACCUACAUUUAUGGCACGUUAAGCUACCGGAAAUUCUCGUGGAAAGCUGUCCCAUACAUUUUGUUUCCACCAGGAUCGUCGGAUUUUGUUGCAGACGCUCGUUUUCCUUUUUGUUUCCCAACGUAAUGGAUUAAAGUCGAAAAUGUACACUCGACGCGACGCACAGAAUGCAUCGAGCGUGAAGGUAGACGGAGGGUAGAACGGUUUGUUCGCAGAAGGAUACCGAACGAAACGAGACACGUCGGAAAAGUGAAACUUUUUUGGCUUUCUUUUACUUUCUAGUCUUUAAGCCCGUAGACGGUACAACCGAACCAUCUUAUUCUUAGAAUUCUUGUCCUCGUUUCAAUGCAUAUUUAUGUAAUUCUCUAGUUAAUUAAAAGCCAGCAUUGUUCGAUCAUCGACACUUUAAGGCCGUUUUAUUAUUUCUUAGGCGCCAUCUUGGUGGACCUCCGGCGUUAACCCCUUGG